AUACACAAACAGCAAGCAAAGCAGAGUCGUUCCCAGCUUCUCCAAUGGCGCCGCCGGCCAAGUCACGAGCGGCAUCCCUCCUCCUCAUGUCCCUCCUACUCACUUCCGCCGCAUUCCCACCGCCGGCAUCGGCCUGCGACACGUGUACGACCACACGCCCCAAGAAGCACCAUCCCAAGCAGCGCUCGCCCCCGGAGGCCACUAGUCCGCCUGCCGUCGUCCCUCCACCAGCGGACGACGGCGACCCGGCGGCGAAGUGCUCGGUGGAGUACAUUCUGAAGCUGGGGCUGUGCCUGGACGCGCUGGGGGGUCUGGUGCACGUGGGGCUGGGCCGGCCCUCGGAGAACGCCUGCUGCCCGGUGCUGGAGGGUCUGCUGGAGGCGGAGGCGGCAGCGUGCCUCUGCACCGCCAUCAAGCUCAGGGUGCUCAACCUCGAUAUCUACAUCCCCUUGGCUCUCCAGUUGCUGGUUACCUGCAGCAAGGAUCCUGCCCCCGGUUACCUCUGCCCUCUCAACUGAAAGCUUACGGUGUAAUUCCCAAGAUUAUGGUAGAGCACUCCAUUACCCGUGUCAUCUCAGUGCUCUUGCAUCUGACGAUGAAUGGAUUAUGCGGUGUGGCAGACGCAUUUUAGCUCGAUUCCACUGUGUUUUCUUCUGCAAGUGAAAGAUCUUAUUUAUCAAGCAAACUUUCCUCUUGCAGCAUGUCUGAUCUACAGUCAUGUUGGAUUUGAUUAAAACAAGCUAAAAUGUGUUAAUCCUGUAUUUUCGUCA